CCAGCCAAUCAGAUACCGAGGUGUGGCUCUGCGAGGGAGUGAUCACGGUGCAGAGGGGCGGGGCUAGAAGCGGAAGUGAGUCUCGGCUGAUCUCUCGCUGUCAUUCGGCCACGGUCGGUUUCAGGAGAGAGGGGCAGCCCAAAGAAGCAUACAGGAAUCAGGCUUGCUCCGUAAGAAAGACAGUUAGCGAGAAAAAUAUACAGCAAAUUAAGCGAACAAUGAAACCGAUCGUUUAAGGCUUGUGAAACAUCUGCGGCAGGGUAUAUCUCACUCAGUGACACGUUAACAAAGCUCUUUGACCACACAGUCCAGAUUAGAGGAUAGAGAGCUGUGUCAUUGAGCAGGCAGGACACGUCAGGAGAAGGGAGAAAAAAAGCUGACCGACUGCACUGUACGAGUCAGCUAUCAAAUCGUCUCUGAAAAGAUCUGCCUGACGCACUCAUUUUUCAAGGACACCACCUUUCGUUUUCGAACCGUAGGAAGGAUCUCGAAAGACAUCGCCGAGGUCGAAGCUGGUGAUCAGAAGGACCAAACGAUCACGGGAUAGCAUUUGUGUGUGGGGGGAGAAAACAAAUGGGGGAUUACGGGUUUGGUGUCCUAGUUCAAAACAACACUGGCAACAAGUCUGCAUUCCCGGUCCGAAUCCACCCGCAUCUGCAGCCCCCACACCACCACCAAAAUGUGUCGCAGAGCCCUGCUGCCUUCAUAAACAGCACCACAGCCGCAGGGAAUGGCACCACAGGAGGCUCUCCCUGGCUCUUCCCUGCCUCUGCCACCCACAACAGCGUGCAAGACGAAAUCCUGGGGGGCCAAGAGAAGCCCAAAGCACAGCAGCAACAGGAAAUGCAAGAAACGCAAGAAAAGCAGCAGCAGCAGUUGUCCCCUGGGAGUCACCAGGAGGUUGGAAAUGGUGGUGGGAUCAUUUCAGAACUGGAAAAAGCCCGGUCAGAGGAUGCCAAGACUGACAACGGCACGUCUGAAGGAAGUAACGGAAAGGAGAAGCAGCUGCGUCUUGAGUCACCUGUCUUGACAGGCUUUGAUUACCAGGAGACGUCUGGUCUUGGGGGAAAUGGCCAGGUCCAGUCCAGUACAACCUCCUCAUCACUUACCAGCUUCAAUAAUUGGUCAGCUGCCAUUCCACCGGCGCCAUCAACCAUCAUCAAUGAAGACGUCAGCUUCUUCAACCCGGCCUCUGCCAACAACGGGCCCCUGCUGUUCCAGAACUUCUCACACCAUGUCAGUCCAGGGUUUGGUGGGAACUUCUCCCCUCAAAUUGGACCAGCGGCAGCCUUGUCCCAGCACCACCCAGCUCCCCCACCACACCCCCACUUCCAACACCCUCAUAACCAACACCAGCAGCAUCGACGCUCCCCGGCCUCUCCACACCCUCCUCCGCCCUUUCCGCACAGGAAUCCGGCUUUCAGCCAGUUGCCGCAUUUGUCCAACAGCCUGAACAAGCCCCCGUCCCCUUGGGGUCCAGCCAGCUACCAGAGCCCCUCUCCCUCCCCUGGCUCCUCCACCUCCUGGAGUCCCGGAGGAGGCUAUGGGAGUGGUGGCGGUGGCUGGGGAGGGUCUCAGGGCAGAGAUUAUCGCAGAGGGCUGAAUGGCGGGAUGACCCCCAUCAACUCUAUCUCUCCACUGAAGAAGACCUUCCCAAACAACCAUGUGGCCUCCCAGAAGUACCCUCGCAACAGUCCCGCAGGCUUCAACCCCAAGUCCUGGAUGGAUGAAGGAGUCGGCCGCAGUGACAACAUCUUCCCCUUUCAGGAGCGCACCAGGUCAUUUGACAGCUUCAACAUGAACACGCUGGAGAGCUCCCUGAUCGACAUCAUGAGGGCCGAGCAGGACACCCUGAAAGGUCGUCUUGGUUUCCCCCAUCCAGGAGGAGACAACCCCUUGCCCCUCAAUGCCAGGAAUUAUAGCAGGAGACGAGGCCACUCCUCUCUCUUCCCCAUGGAGGAUGGUUUCCCUGACGAUGACCGUGGUGAUCAGGGUCUUGCAGGCCUGGGCUCCCCUCACUGUUUCCCUCACCAGAACGGAGAGCGUGUUGAACGCUACUCACGCAAGGUCUUUGUGGGAGGACUGCCCCCUGACAUAGAUGAAGACGAGAUAACUGCUAGUUUCCGGCGUUUUGGACACCUGUUUGUGGACUGGCCUCACAAAGCAGAGAGCAAAUCCUAUUUUCCACCCAAAGGCUACGCCUUCCUGCUGUUCCAGGAUGAGAGCUCCGUGCAGGCUUUGAUCGAUGCCUGCAUUGAAGAGGACGGCAAGCUUUACCUCUGUGUGUCCAGCCCCACCAUCAAAGACAAGCCGGUCCAAAUCCGCCCGUGGAACCUGAAUGACAGCGACUUUGUGAUGGACGGAUCUCAGCCUCUGGACCCGAGGAAAACCAUCUUUGUGGGAGGGGUCCCUCGUCCGCUCCGUGCAGUGGAGCUGGCCAUGAUCAUGGACCGCCUGUAUGGAGGGGUGUGCUACGCUGGCAUCGACACAGACCCUGAGCUGAAGUACCCCAAGGGAGCAGGGCGGGUCGCCUUCUCUAAUCAGCAGAGCUACAUUGCUGCUAUCAGUGCUCGCUUUGUGCAGCUGCAGCAUGGAGAAAUCGAUAAACGGGUGGAAGUGAAGCCAUACGUGCUGGACGACCAGCUGUGCGAUGAGUGCCAGGGAACUCGCUGCGGCGGGAAGUUUGCGCCGUUCUUCUGCGCCAACGUCACCUGUCUGCAGUACUACUGCGAGUACUGCUGGGCGGCCAUCCACUCCCGCGCCGGACGGGAGUUUCACAAACCCCUGGUGAAGGAGGGGGGGGACCGCCCCCGCCACAUCUCCUUCCGCUGGAACUGAGCGGGGGACAGAGAGGGAGAGGCAACAGGGAGCAGAGGGCAGGUAGUGCAGGAGUCGCAAAUCAUUGUACAAAUAAAUGCACUUUUCUGUUGCUGGUUCCUUUUCGCUCUAAUUUCACUGAACCUUUUUUCAUUUUUUUAAGUUAAUAUAUAUCUAUAUUUUGAAGAUAGAAAAAAAACUGGAAUUAUAUCCAAAUAUGUCCAGCAAGGAAAAAAGAUGUGUAACAUAAAUUUAUUUAUGCGUUUGAUUUUUGAAAUAUUUGUAUUAGUUCUAAAAAAAACAACAACAUAUAUAGGAACGUUUGAAGUGUGAUAUGGUACUCUUCUCUUCAAUUGGCCUUUUUAUUUUUUUCUAAACAAUGUAUUUUAUUUAAUUUUUUAAGAACUGUCCCCAAAACAAGACACUUAAUUUGACUUUUGAUUGACUUGUUUUGUAGCAGUGCAAGUGCUGUUGUAACAGCAUAUGAUUGGCUAUUUAUUUCUGAGGUGUGAUUUAAGUUCUCUGUCGAUUACAAGAGGCUCCAGAGCAAAUGUGAAUUGAAAAGGUGUUGCUAAAGAAGAGUGCACUUAUUUCCAAUUUGAAAGAGCGCAGUAUACGAGACCCUUAGUAGUCAACCAAAGCUCAAUAUUGAAUUAACUUUGAAGAACAGAGAGGGCCCACUGCAGAAUGAAAUGGAUUCUUUUCCCUCCCAUAUCAAAAUGUUUGAACCUCUCUCUUUUUAUGAUUUCCAACUUCACACGAAUAUUUUGAUGUUACUUGAAAAUCGCAACGGAAAUUUUAGCAACGCAUAUUUGGGUUUUGAUCUCCAUUUUGACAUGCAAAAACUAAUACCUCAAACUCAGCUGCUAAUGUGCCGAUACAGUUAAGAAGAAAGGAAAAAAAAAAGCAAGAAAGAAAACAUCACCCGCUCGUGUUCUCCUUUCCUUAGAACUAUAAUCAAAGGGAAGUGAUGCAACAGGCAGAGUGUGAUGUGACAGGCACAGUUUUGUACUCACUUGCUUCAUCGCCUCCUUAUUUUUUUAUUCAAAGCCAGGGUUGUGCUAGGGACAGAGCAGAGCAUCGUACAGUACACAGUGUAUUUGGGGAAUGUAAGGCGGAGGGAGGCUACAGGAGAGACAGAACGGCUUAAAGAGAUAAGCCCCCCCCCCCCCCCCCCCCUGUCUGCCUGCUAAGCUAGCAGCUAACAGAGUGUAGGGCCUCGUUCGUGGAUCAAAACCUGUUUUCUGUGUCUGAACACCGCGGGGGUUUGGAUCCAGAUCUUUCAGGACUGAGGUUAAGGUGUCUCCUCGAGAGUAGGGUGGUCUAGUAGUCCACCUUUUUAUUGCAGUUUCUACAGGGCUACCACCAAAUGGAAAAUGCCUGUCCUUUGUUAGUCUUUUUUCGAUGCAUUUGUGCAAUUCUCCCAAGUCUUUAAUGAACAAGUUCUACUUCGCAUCCGAGAGUCAGCUACAUUUAAUGCGAGAAGCAAUUCAAGUUUAUCGGAUUUCCCAAUCGUCAGCACACAUUUGAUUCAUGGAGGGAUCUGCCCUUUUGGCGAACCCUCUGUCCUUUCUCCUGCCAAGCUAAUCCAACUCAGCAUCCAGUGUUUUUGAAGCAUAAAUGAAGAUAGUCUCUGCAGUGUGCUCUACUACUACACACUUAUGACCCACAUGCAGUUUGCUCUUGAUAACAGUCGGUUGUACCCAGUGGCUUUUUGGGAACCAAAGAUGGCUGUGCAGUAGUGGGUCAUACUGUAGCUCAUUUCUUAUUUAGGUUUUUUUUAUUCUUAUGUUCCUUCUCAUUACUUCAAGGAAGUUUUUAUUCAUAUAUCUUUUUUUUUUUAUUAUUCUGUCACUUCUACCCAGUUUUGCUUAACUGUCAAGCCCAGCAAACCAAAGAUUGGCCUUGAACAUGAUAUAUUUAUAUAUAUAUAUAUUUGACAGUGCAGUCAAAACCCAUUAGAACACCAGUGGAAAAACAACAGGGCUUGCAGACACACACACACACACACACACACACACACACAAGUUCUCCAUAGCUCAAAAUGGAGGUGCACGCUGGUAGUUCUUUUUAUCUCAAAUAGGUCCGCGGAACGUUUAACAUUAAGUGCACAUUCACACAGCUAAAGUCAAACUAAUCCUCACCUUUGUUUGACGUUUUAAGUCACGCAGUAACCUGCUAGCCGAGCAUUUAAAUAUGUCAGGGAGUUAGUACAGAAACUUGAUUAUACACACUAGUGAGAAACCUUUCCUCAUAUGGGCGUGGUGUCGUCGCACCAGUUUUGCACCCUAGUCAUUUGUUUUGUGGGUGUGGUGGGUGAGCAUUUUAGAAGUUAAAACACUUUGUGAAGAAUUUGCUGUUAAAUGAGAUGAAAAAAAAAGAUUAUUUUAUACAUGGCCUGCUGAUUUUUGGUACAGUGUUUUCUAGCUAAAUUAUUUUGUCAUGCACAUAUAAACAUUUAUUAUGCACUACUUUUCUAAAUAUUUUUUCUUUUUCCAACAGUCAUUUUAGGCACAUUUUUCACAAAUGGGGAAACUCCUUUUUGCAAUACCUCAAUUUUUCACAUUGUGAAAGGUAGCUUUUGUACUUUUGUUACUGAGAGAUCUGCAUAUAUGGAAAUGUUCAUUUUAAGAAAAAAAGUUGAGUGAUUUCAAUAUAUAUUAUUUUCAAUUAUGCUUUUUAUACAUUUCAGUGCUGAGGAAACUUUACAACUAAGUGCGCACUUGUGUUGGUGCGACUUCACAUCUGCAGAGGAGAGACCAAAGUCUAUUGCUCUCUUGGUCUUAGCUUUUCGUACAUUAGAUGUUUCCAGUCAAUCUGGUCAAUAACAGCAUGGCGAGAAUAACAAAAAAAAACAAAAAAAACAAGUUGUCAUUUGAAAUUGAUGUUAAUGUCUCUAAACAUGGCUAUACUAGUUGGACAAUGGUAACUUCUGUCUUGGUUUCCUCUCCAUAGAUGGACUAUAACUUAAUAUAAGGAGAAUGCAAAAUUUGGUUCAGGCGUAACGCUGAGUCUCGUAUCACAAGAAUGGAUGUUUGGUGUUUAGAUAUUUUAAUAUUUCAAAAAAAGUAUAUAUAUAUUCUUGAACUUGCCAACUAGCACCUAUUGUAAUCCUUAGCAUGCAUGACAAAAAAAAGAGAAAAUGACAAGUACAUGAAUUAGCUAUUAAAAAUUAACUGUUGUGGUGUGCACCAAAUGUUUCUCAACUAUUAAGUUGUUAAGGACACCCCAAACCCACUCACCUCACCCCCCCUCCCCCUCUCCCCUCCACGCCACGUGUUGAUCUCCUCGCUUCCCCAUUCGCAGACCUCUGCAGGAUGCACACGACAGAGAGAAAAGACGAGAAACAAGACAGAAACUUAACUAUAAAUCGAUUUGGCAGUGCAGGACUUUAGCAUCCUUUUACAACACUGUUUUAAAAAGACUUGAGAACUCAUCCCCGCUGUCUGUCGAGGUGAUUAUAUAGACCUAUCUGGAGGAAGGGGAGCUUAAAGACUUGAAUGUGGUAAAUGUUGCAAGUUAACUUCAAGUUGUUAUGUGCAAUACUUCUUUUGAACCUUUUUCCAGAUAAAGACUCUUUGCAAUGUAAUUCUUUAAUGCCAUUUUUAAUUGCAGACAUUUAAUUAAAGAAGAUGCUAAUAUGUUUUUCACAGUCAUUUUCUACUGUUAUUGUAAUCCUUUUCAUGCUGGUGUUUGUAAAAAAGAAAAGAAAUCAAACUAUUUGUACUAAUAUAAAUAAUUGAAGUUAUUUUUAAAACAUUAAAGGUUUUGUGCUCAUUUGCUUAUUUUGUUUAUUUUAAGCUACUGUGAUUGAUUGCAUUGUAAUUAUUAGGUCAACAAUGUAUUUAGCUGUUUAUUGGUAUAUUUUUAAUUGGAAUGUAUAAUUGAUUUUUAUAAUUUUGAUCAGAUUUUUGUUAUAUUUUUGAGGUGAAGCUUUUAAUAUGUUAAAGUGUCUAGUUUUUACUAAUUGCUAUAUUGUGCUCCACAAUAUAUGGUUCACAUUUUCUGAAGGAAAAUAAAUAUUUAAAUAUUUGUCUGUUAAUGAUGUUACUUAAUGGCAAGAUUUCAAUAGUUUUUAACUGUGUAUGGGAAGGUUGUUGUAUUUAUUAAUAGCAUUUUUUACUUAAGAUAUCACCUUAAUUUUUAUUGUCAUUUCACUUUAUAAGUUCCUAUUUUUGUAUUUUCCUUUCUAAUUAAGUUAUGUAAUACGGAUAUGUCCAUAUUUCUAGGAGUUGGUCUGUAGAAGUGCUAGUGAAACGAAAAAGAAAAAUCUAAUGUUAUUUAAUUGUUUGCAGCCAACUAUUUAUAACAGUAUGCAUAAUUUUUAAAUAUUUGUAAUGUGAAAUGUUGAAUGAAAUAAAUCUUAACUGUGAUGAAAA